AUGGACCUCUCCACAAAUACCUUCCGCGAUAUCCUCACGAACCCCAUACACACACGAUGGAUAGCGCCGUUAUUACUAGCUGGGGAGGCUUUGCUGUGUGCUCUGAUCAUAUGGAGGGUGCCCUACACCGAGAUCGAUUGGGAGACAUACAUGGUUCAAGUGAAGUUGUUCCUCCAGGGUGAAAGAAGCUAUCUGAAAAUUUCGGGGCCUACUGGUCCGCUGGUCUACCCUGCUCUCCAUGUCUAUAUCUACUCGAUCCUCUACACCCUCACCGAUGCGGGGGCAAACAUCCUGCGAGCCCAGAUCAUCUUUGCGGGCUUGUACCUUGUCACGCUGGCUCUGGUGUUCGCGUGUUAUAGACGAGUGGGCGCUCCACCUUGGCUUCUGGUCCCACUGGUAGUGAGCAAGAGAAUGCAUUCGAUAUUCUUGCUGAGGUUAUUCAACGACUGCUGGGCCACGUUCUUCCUCUGGGCAGCUAUUUACCUUCUGCAACGUCGAAAGUUUGAGGGCGGAGCGUUCGUCUGGGGGUUGGGCCUAGGUGUGAAGAUGACGUUGCUUCUAGCUGCCCCUGCGGUGGGAGUUGUCUUGUUGCAAGCUAUCGGAAGAGGUGAAGCAGUGUUCACUGGGUUCUACAUCGCGGCUGUACACAUCCUCAUGGGCCUGCCCUUCUUCGGCCAGGACCAGGACACAGGCUUGUCAUACUUCUCUCGCUCAUUUGAUCUGAGCAGACAGUUCUUGUACAAGUGGACUGUCAACUGGAGAUUCAUCGACGAGGAGACGUUUCUGUCUCGUCCCUUCGCCAUCAGCCUCCUAGUUAUCCACGCCUCCCUGCUGCUCCUAUUCUUCCAGACGAAAUGGGUCAGACCGAGCGCCUCGAAUCUAGUCGAAUUCGUGAGGAAGUAUAUGGGAGGUAUGAGUGAGGUGGAAGAGAGGAGCAUUGCGAAGAAGAUUACGCCAACUUUUGUGACGGACGUCGUUCUCAGCAGUAUGGUCAUAGGUCUGCUGUGUGCUCGGAGUCUGCACUACCAAUUUUUUGCGUACCUUGGAUGGGGCACGCCGUACCUGUUGUGGAGAUCUGGUGGAAAUCCGGUCUUCGUGCUGCUGAUGUGGGCGGUCCAGGAAUAUGCUUGGCUGGUGUACCCGAGCACAACUGUGAGCUCAAUACUGGUGGUGCAGCAGCUGGCUAUUCAAGCCAUGUUUGCUCUGAUUGCACCACCAGUCGACCACAUCAGCGUCCCACCAACGAAGCCGGAAGAGCUGCGAAGCUGA